GCCCAUGAUAGUCGGGGUGGGCCGGCCGGUCGACGUCGGUGACCGUCGACUCAAACGAAACUGUUCGAAUAAAUUGGGUCGAAACAAUUAUGUGCUGGCUCUCAACAGUUGACAAGACCAGCGUCCAGUGUAGUGCGGACACAGGCAGUUGCACUAUCGGUAGUGGUAAAGCUCUUUGUCGUGGCGGGUGAUAGCGAUUGCAUCGUUCCGCCAAGAACAGUUGUGCUGUUCUUAUUUUUCCAAUCCGACUUGGAGUAACGAUAGAGCAGGUCAGCAGGAUUGCACGGCUACCUGACUGCUGGGCAUCGCGUUAUGAGACAAUAGUAUUAUAACAAUUGCUAUCACAUUCAGAGAAAGAGAGAGAGUGAGCGUGAGAGGGAGAUCGCUAGUAGUACUUUCUGACCAGCCAUGGCUGCAGACCAGACGAUAUUCCGAUCGUCCCUGCUGGGACCGAUACGAGAGCCAGCUGUCACAGUUGCGAUCGACACCAGUGCGUCCAUGUACGCGCACCUGUCCCUUAUUGAACACGGCAUCGGACUGUGGCUCCAGGCCUGCUCCAAGACCCCGUUCAGUCCGCCACGCAUCAAUCUGGCGGCGCUGGGCGCACAGCCAUGGCGAUGGCGAGAGAGUGUGGCGCUGAUGACGCCGAACAACCUGGGCGCGGCGCUGGACUGGCUGAGUAGGCUGCAGUGCGGUGGAGGAGAGUGCGAUCUGACGGAGGGCAUGAGACUGGUGCUGUCGGACAUAACCAGUCAUGCGGUGUACUUCAUUACAGAUGGCUUUACCAGCACGAAUGGUCGCAGCAUACACGACACCAUCGCACAGCUGGUAAAGUUCAACCAAUCGUCCCAGUCUAUCCACGUUAUCAUUAUCGGCACGGAACAGGACCUUCUUGGCGACAACGACUCCUCACCCAAUCAAAUAUGGCGUCAACAAAACAUUGACACGGAGCCAGUGGACCUGACCGGCUUCUCAGGCCCGGAUAGCAAGAACGUUCUACUGUCCCUGGCUCGGCAGACCCUGGGAUCAGUUCGUCAUGUUGUCGUGCCACCGCAAACAGCCAGGGGACAAGUUCAAGUUCCCCAUUCCACCAUCGUCAACGACUUCAACCCGAAUAGUGCUGCGUCGGCGACAGGGAAAUCCCGCAGCACCCCUCUGGGCCAUGCCGAUCCGGAUUUUAACAGUUCCGUCGUGACCUGGGGACGCCCCCUGACUCCGGACACAGCCCGGCGCACGAUGUCACCGCCGCUGGGCGUGGGUAACACUGCUACAAACAGUCUGGGUAUGAGUACAAACGCCGCGCCCAGCUCCAGGUUGGUGCUAAAUCCGGGUGCCAGUCUUGAGCCAGUGGAGAGUCUUCUGGGUCGCUUUGUGAUGGCCGACUACAUGAAGGGCAUGCAGGUGUUGGCAAUGGUCUAUGGUGAGGGUGUGUACCGACCAGCUACUAUCACCGAGCAGGUUGAUGCCGAGGAAUUUCUCGUUGAAUUCCACGAAAGUGAGGAGCUAGUGGACGGUCACCGGCCGUACCGACGACAGCAGAAGACCCAGCUGACAGACCUGCUGGCCUUCAUCGACGCUCAGCAGCGGGCGUUCGACGUCACCGACCGGGUGCUAGCCCUGCGACGCGACGAGCACGGCAACGAGCUCUACAUACCAGCGACGGUGAUGAAGAUGUCGGAAAUGACCAUAGACGGCGUGCACGAGAUCAAGGUGCUGGUCGCGUUCUACGACGGGCAGCUGGAAGGACUGCUUCACCAUCAGGUGCUUAAGAUAUCGGCAUCGCGCUAUCUCAAGGCCGUGCAAGCCAUUUCGGCCGAGUCCAAUGCCGAGUGGACAUCCACCACGUACUCGCCGUUGUUCCUAGGGCCCACUAUCCACAGUCCCAGGGCGUACAGCACUGGAACGUAUGAACGGACACACGGCAGUGCAUUGAACUCACCAACGAGGACAUUACCUAGUGGUGGCCAUGUCGGUGUCCACGGUGCUAGCCGUACCGCUGCUAAGACGGUAGUGAUGAAGGACAGUGACCAUGACGAUGACGGUGCUGAUGAUGCUGGUGGCGGUGUUCAUCGCGGCAAGGCUAUUGAUGAUGAGGAUGCAUUUCCCAAGCCGACCAAGAGGGACAUGUACGCGUCUUCGGCAGAGAAAACGCUGGAUGUGUUUUCCGACACUUCUUCGCCCCGGCAGCAUUCCUACGAAGCAGAGCCCAAACCCAUGCAGCAGUCGAGUGGCAAUGGCGACGCUUUGCUAAACUUGUCCAGAUCUGCGGCCGCUCGCGCGGCACAGGACGAUACUGCACGUUUGUGGCCAAGGGAGCGCCUUGCGUCCGGCAGAGUGCUGAACGUGACGCCAGACUUCCAGGCCGGUUUCGAGGCUGGAUUCGCCACUGCACAGAGAACCAGCAUGGACAUCGAGGAGGGGAAAGCGUUCAAGCAGCCAAGCCCCAGCGACAUGCUGAGAUCAUACCGCAAGCAACUGGAGUCCAGGAGGAGCAUAUCCGAGUUUCAGCAGAGCAGUCGAUGGCAACGCACCGAUCUGAAGGAACGCUCGCAGCGCGGCGGACGCGACACUCUACUGAGUGUGCCCCGUGAGGCGAUUGUUCAGCUCUCGUUGAAUGAUCGGCCGUGGACGGCGCCCAGCCACGGUGAGCGACCCCUGGCAAGUCACAUUCCUAGGCGACAGGGCCUGCACGGCGAGUCAGUUGCGGACACGUGGCACGCGGACUGGAACCGCAUUGAUGGAAUGCGCGGCCGAGAGGAGCGCCGUCAGCAGAUUGUGGCUGGAAAGAAGGAGAGAGAGGAGCGCAUCAAGCAGGCACACAUGGCCGCUAUGAAGGAAAGAGAAGCUGUAAGGCGUGACACGUUAGUGACUGUGGAGGCGGAAAAGACUGAGAAGCGUCACAGGCGCAGCAAGAGUCCUGCAAAGCCGCCAAAUCGCCGGACAGACGAAGAGCACGAUGCCAAAGAAGAGCAGAAACUCAAAGCAAUGCGAUCUCGUCGUGAUCAAAGAGAGAAACAACUCGCAGCAGCGGAACGCACGCCCCAGGCAAGAGACUCGCUGCGCCAGACGAGGACGUACAGUAAGAACCACUACUCUGCAGGCUACUCGGCUGCAGCGAGUCACUCUCACAAUGCGGGUUACUCGCGCAUUGCCAGUGCAGGAGGUUCUAGCAAAGCAAGCCACUCCCGUACCGUGAGCCACUCUCGCAAUUCGAAUCAUUCUGGCAAAGCGAGCCACUCUCGCAAUGCUGGUUACUCUCGCCAUAGAGACUAUGCUCACAGCCAGGGUGGCGAUGACGUGUUCACAUUCCCUGAGCCUGAGGCAGAGGGAGCAGAGAGUCGCCGUCGUAAGUUUCAGGGCGUCUCGGGUGUCCGCAAACGCAUGAGUGUGUCCAGGCAGCAGCGAGAUGAGGAAGUGAAGGCCAUACUAGCCAAGCAUAAGGUCAACAUGGGCGAUGACUGGUGCAACAAGAAACUGGCUGCGCGCAUGUUCUUUGACUGAGCUAGCUUGUCGUGCAGGACUGCCAAGACGUGCUUCACGACGUCAGUGGAUCUCAGCAUCCAUUCAUCGUCAUGGUGUACCUCAUCAGCAUGGCCGUGCAUGCAUGAACCAGCAGUUUAUGUGCUGUAUCUACAAUUCAGAGUUCUUUCGGUUCAGGUCCGGCUGUAUGGUGAGCACCUGUGCAUAAUUUACGAAUGUGUGCGCUUGUCAGUGCAUGGCACAGACUGAUAGCAUUGAUCUGCAAUAUGCACAUCGCCCUUGCAGUGUCCUUGAGUCAGCUGCACUCCGGCGUACCAAGAUCAGAAUAUCCCCG